AUGGUAUCUAAUGGAAGCCUCACUGUACCGUCAGAGGGAAAAGAAGAGUCUAUUCAAUUACUCAUAGUAGAGGCUGUACUCCUCUUCUUGUUUAAAAUUCUGCAGAUAUCACCAGCAGUAAUUGAGCCAUGCCAGUCUACCAAUUGCAGCCUAUUUUUGAGCACAGUGGCAAUAAUUCCUGAUCUGUCCAUACACAACUUUCAGAAACGAUAUCUGAUGGUAUCUAAUGGAAGCCUCACUGUACCGUCAGAGGGAAAAGAAGAGUCUAUUCAAUUACUCAUAGUAGAGGCUGUACUCCUCUUCUUGGUAUCUGUCAUUGGGAUGGCUUUCAAUGUUCUGGCGUUUUCUGUAAUGAUUCGACAUCAAACUUUCAAUAAUUCCUUCGGACGCCUUGCUGCUUGCUACGCUCUGGCAAACGCAUUGUUCUUGACCAUUUGUGCCUUCUGGGCCACUCCCUGGACAAUAUGGUAA